AUGAAAUUUGAAGACUUCUUGAUGGAGAGAUGCAGCAAGCAUCAGAAGAGACUUGACCUUGAGAAAGAGGUGGCCGACUUACAAACGGUACUUGAGCAGGAACAGAGACUGAAUCAGAUUUUGAGAUGUGCAUUGCAGUGGCCACCUGUUUGUGGUUCAUGUCUUUCUCCGUCGCUUCCUUUUCAGGUACGGGUACUUGUUGCAGAAUUAGCAAUGGUAGAAGAGGAGAUAAUCUACCUAGAAAGAAAAGUGGAAGACCUGAAAUUGUGUCUACAUCUAGAGCGGAAUCAAAAGAAAGAAUGGAACUUUCAGCAACAGCAGCAGCAGUGGCAAAGACAACAGAGGCACUUUCUAUGCGGGUUAGGCGGCCAGAAAGGAAUCCAAGAGGUCGAACAGUCAACAUGUUUGCCAGAUAUGGAAAUAAGUCAAAGUCCUGUGGAAUUAGUCUCGGAUAUUAGAAGCAUGUCCUGCACAAAGACAAUUGAUGUGGAAGCUGAGAGACUAAUAAGAUGCAAUGGACCAAACCACAACUUGAGCUUUCUCGAUACAGAAACUAGGAAUGAAUCACCAAACAAACUCUCAGAAGAACUAAUCAAAAUUUUGAUCAGCAUAUUCCAUAAACUGAACCAGACAUCAACUCAGCUCAAUUGGGAAUUGACCGCUGUUCCAAAGCUUAAUAUCUCUUGCAUGAGCUCAAGAAGCUUUGUUUCCAAAUCUUCAUCCAACUGUAAGACACCUAUGCACUCUUUAAAGGACACAGCAAAUAUGUUAGAUCCUUAUGGUGUAUUGCCAGAUGCUAAUGGAACAGCGCGGGACAUCAGAUUGUACAAGAAAUUUAUACACUUCACACAAAGUUCAUUUGAUAUGAGCCGUAUCAGCUUGUGCCUCUCAGCCAUUGGAAGACUGAGGGUCCUGAUGCAUAAGCUUUGCAAUGCGAAACUAAGUUCUCUGACUUACAAGCAGAAGCUAGCUUUCUGGAUCAACAUCUACAAUGCCUGCAUAAUGCAUGCAUUUCUACAGCAUGGUCUGCCACCCUCUCCAGAUAAACUGCUUGCACUACUGAACAAGGCUGCAGUGAAUGUUGGUGGUAUCGUACUAAAUGCUCUAGCUAUUGAACAUUUCAUUCUCAGGCACUCUCCAGACACCAAAAGUGGAGUCAUGGAUGAGAAAGAAGCACUUCUGCGACAUGCUUAUGGCCUCGGGUACCCAGAACCAAAUGUCACGUUUGCACUUUGCAGAGGUACCAUGUCUUCACCAGCAUUGAGAGUCUACACUGCAGAGAAUGUGGUGAAUGAACUGGAAAGAGCAAAAGUAGAGUAUCUGGAGGCAUCAGUGAAUAUUACCAGCAAGAAGAAAAUAAUCUUGCCCAGACUUCUGUUCUGGCACAUGCGAGAUUUUGCAGAUGAUGUUGAAUCUCUCCUAGAGUGGAUCUACAGCCAACUGCCAAGGUCCAGACCACUAAAGAGAAUGAUAAAGGAAUGCUUUAAUGGAGACACCAAGUUACCUGUAAUAAAAAUGGUGGAAAUCGAGCCUUAUGAAGCAGAAUUCCAUUAUUUGCUGCCUUUUUAA